UUUUAAUUGCACAGCUUACGGGCCAAAGAUUAGCAUAUAUAAUAGCUGCCUAAAACUGUUCUCGGCGCCCGAAGUCCAACCGCAGUAAAAGAACCCGCGCCUAUUACUCCGCAUUCUGUUACGCGAGGAAGACGGAAACAUGAAUGGAAUGUUGUACAGAAGCUUUUUAUCUUUUUCUUUAAGAAUACUUUGCGUAAAUGUUAGUACAGGGCGCCGGAUGGGGCAGGUAGGUUUUAUUUGUUUGAAGCGGCAAGCAGGAAACUUACAUAUACUUUUCCGUCUGCGUUUUGCAAGACCUACUGAUUUGAAAACUAUAUAAGAUCAAGAAAAAGAUUUGUUGUCCAAAGGGAUCGUACAAUAACAUAGUAGAAUGAAAGCCGACAAUGCGGCCGCAAUUUGUGGUGCAAGCCGGCUGAUAGCGAAACUACUUCAAAUGUCUGUAUAGCAGCACGCUUAAAUGUUUCUUUGUAGGUUUUCGAUUGAGAAACACAAGUUAUGGCCCACUGCAGGCUAAAAGAAAAAGAGCAAGCUGAAAAAAAAAAAGAAAAUCCCAACUAGAGGUGCGAGAAACGUUGGAAACGUCGUUGCAAUUUUGCUGUAGAAUGCUAAGCAAUAUGGGUUCAUGUCGCGUUAUAUUCUGGGAUGUUCUGCAUGAAAAGGCAAUGAUUCAUACAAAUGAAAAACGUGAAAACUCGACGAGAGCCAAAAAGAAAAAGAAAGAAAAGAAAAACUAAUUUACGCUUUUCUGUUGCUUCGCUUGGUUGCCAAGAGGCGUCGCCUCGGCUCCCACGUUUCUCUCUCUGUUUUCGUUUGAAAAGGAGGCGUGCCGCGCGGAUGCAAGCACGUACACGUUGCUAAGAGGAAGAUCCGUAUUGUUUUAAAACAGCCCCGACGUGUACUUUUCAGUCCUACAAACUAGGCUACAGCUAUGCGCGUCAAAGCCACGACAGCUUCCUCGACGCACGAGCCCGUGUGCUGCCAGACAUCGCGCGACCUGCUCUAAACGGGGAUCGCAGGUGUUCGCGCGCUAUGUUUAUGUCAUCCGUACCUCGUGCCGCGUUAGAAGUUUCAAACAGCUGCCUCUUAAAUCGCGGUCAGGAGCGGGAGCGCCGCAGUACCUGAGUGCUUUGUGCAAGCGACACAUCAUCGCAAACCAGCGGCGUGGAGAGAAAACAUGGGCACCACGCUGGAGUCCGUCCUCACGUACGCUUACCUCACAGUCCUGUACUUCGUGCAGGGCAUCCCAUACGGCGUCCAGGACAAGCUACUACCCCAGUACCUCAGGUCGAAGAGGUUUUCUUACAGCAAGCUGACACUCGCCCGAGUCUUGCUUGUCCCGUGGCUCUGUAAGCCCCUGUUUGCAUCGUACAUUGAGAAACGAUGGACCCAAAAGCGCUGGCUCCAGGUCUUUCUCGCUACCAUGGCAGCCGUUACGUGGCUGUCGUCCUACUUCGGCGACAACGUUUGGUCGUUUGUCUCGACUCUAUUCUUCCUGAACGUGGUCUCGGCGUCCUUCGACAUCUCCGUCGACAUUGUCGCGAUGGACGUGCUUCAAGCAUCCCAGCUGUCCGUCGGAAGCGCCGUUCAGGUGGGGUCCUACAAAGUAGGUGCCAUAUUCGGCGGCGGCGUACUCUUCUUGCUGCAGCUUCUCGCCGGAGUGAAAGGCAUCCUUCGGGGCAUGUCGGUUGCGUACGCUCUCGCGCUUUGCCUCGUUACGCUGCGAAAUGACUCCGAAAAGGCCGGCAUGAGAUCCGAGGAAGAACCUAUGGAGGAAAGUGUGGGAGACGAGAAGUUUAAGCCAGGUGAUGCCGAUGCCAAGUCGCCUGAAGGUUUGCGCCGCCGAAAGGGAGAUUCGGAAAAAAUGCCCAGUGGAAGCGAAUCGACGUCACGUGACGCCUCCACUGAUGAAGCGAUACCUGGCUCCCUGCUGGAGAGAUUGAAAUGCGCAAUUUCGGCUGAAGGCACUCUGGGCCUUACUGUGUUUUUAAUCUUCUACAAGGCUGGUGAAUAUGGCAUUCUGACAACGUACCCUUCAUUCCUGCUGGAUCGGGGUUAUUCAUACUUUGUGGUUGGCUUCCUUAAUGGUGGGCUGGGACAAGUUAUAUCCAUCCUGGGAACCAUCAUUGGUGGAUACAUGGCACGGUCAAGCAGGAGCCACAAAAGCUUUCUUCUGAAGCUCUGCAUUGCUCGCAUUUUGCCUGCAGCCCUCAUAUGCAUCACUAACACACGGCUUUUUGGUCGUCCAAAGAAUGUUUAUUUCGGAGUCACAGCCAUGCUGGGGCUUAACCUGAUUAGUGGUAUGAUAACCACCGUGGCCUUCACCAUGAUGAUGAGCAUGUCACAGACUCUGCAGAGGGGCCUCCGCUCCACACACUUCUCUUUCCUGUGCACCGUCGAAGUAGUUGGCAAACUGGCCACUUCCGUUCUGGUUGGCCCGUGCAUCGACCUCGUGGGCAAGACACCCACAUACUUUGUCAUGACGGCACUUAUUAUAGCCAGUAUUGCUACCAUCAGACUUCUCAAGUAAUAUGUGCUCGUAGAAAGAGCUGGGCGAUUGUUGCAGCCACUGAAAGUGAGGGCUGCCUGUGUGUAUAUCAGAUUGGACUUGUUACAGUAGUUGCAACAUACAGGGUGAUACAAAUGUAACAGAAAAAGUAAAAAUUUUAUUAUCUUGGAUUUAGAACAGUGCAACAAAAAAACAGGGACAAAAGAGGACAUAAACAGCACUAUCCUGUCCAUUGGUGCACUGUUCUGAAUUCAGAAUGUUCAACUAACAAGGCCCAAUUCUGAUGUUAUGAAAAGCUAAUAAGAAUAGUAGCAAACUGUGGUUUCUGCAGAAAUGCACAUGAACAAAUGGAAUAGCACUUCUUAAUAACAAAAUUUUGUAGCCAAAGUAGUAAUAUCUGUCACUGAAAGGCGGCACUGUUGCAGAACAGCUGAAUUGCCACCUAUCGAUGACAAAUGUAACUAAGCUACGAGAUUUUUUUCUCAUUAAAAAUUUUGUUUUUUGUGGAAACUGCACCUUGCUACGGUAUAUACAUCUCAAAUGUAUAACUCGCUGUUUUUCAUUACUUCUCACUUAUCCUGUUCAUCCAAUUUCCUAUACUUAAAGGGACUGAUUACCAGUUUUCAUGGUACCUAUUUCUUUUAGUGCAGUGGAAAGCUUUUCUGUUAGAGUGUCUAAUCAUGAAGUGGUAACCCGGAUAACACCUUGAAAUAUAUUUUAUGAGAAUUUUUCGAACUGCAUUGAGGAUGUAGUCUUUCGCUAGAAGCAUGCUGAAAACAGUGACAGGUGAGCGCGAUAGUGAUUAUGUGCUGGUAAUGGUGGGAGGCAGACUAAAAGUGUGACCGUAGCUGUUAGAAAGUAUUAUUUUGUUUAUCAAGCCGAUGUUCCUGCAGUUCAUCCUUUCCGAAGUGUUAAAUUAUUUCUUCAAUAAUAGCAACGUGUUUUCGUGGUUUCCUGUCCAAUUGCUUUGGAUAUUGACCAGUCAAGAAAAUUCUUUAGCCAAGCCAAGUUUGCAGAUGCGAAACUGUGCUUUGAUAUGCAGUUCAGCAUCUUGCCGUAGCCCUCCAUGUGCUAACAUUGUAUUGCUGGCAUCCAUUUACAACACAAUUAGUCAAUGGCAUUUUGUAUCUCACAGGGAGACCGCACAUCUCUGGGUACUUGCAAACUUGCAUGCGUACGACAGCAUGUGCACGCUGCCAUGCAUUGUGGGAUGCGUGUACUGAUCGUUAGUGUGGACUUUCUUUACUUCAUAAUGCGCAUAGAAUAAAGCACAAGCGUCUAAUAAUGUACGAACUGCAAUUUUAAGCAAUAAAUAUGCUGUACUUAAUAAAAGCUGACUUACGCACAGUAAUCUCAUAAACUACAUCCGGAGUACCAAGAUUUCACCACCGUGUCGCGGCACUUUCUGACUUUUGAGACUCCUUGGUAAUUUAAAUUUAUAAUUUCUACUUAAAUCGUGAACAAUGUGCUGGUUUCUACCACUAUAAAUUAUGGUAAUUUCAUUUCCACCAGUGUCUUGCAACACAUUCUGGCCAGUUGCCAGUCUGUUUAAGCGAUGUGCUGCCUUGGGCCUGUUGGUUGUGCUGUGAGCUGCAUAAGACACAAGGGUGGGCGAGUUGAUGACAUGAGCAUCCCUGUGAACUGCUUGCUUGUCCUUGUGUCUUGCACUGUAUUUACUCGAGAUUGCAAAAACAGACUUGGAUAGUUGCUUGGUACAAGUAGACAAAGCAAACCUUUUAUUUCUGGUUGUAGUUGCAACCCUACCUCUGCCAACUGCCCAGUUUGUGGCUGCAGGUUUGAUUCCCAUUUGUGGCAGCCAUAUUUCAAUUGGGCAACAUGAUAAAAAGAAAAAUUAUGUGUGAGUACAUUUUUAUAGAAAUAAUCCUGAUUGUCCCACAACGUUGCUCUUCAUAGCCCAGGCAUGGUCUUGAGAUGUAAAAUUGCAUGCUUGAACAAUAGCACCGGAACUGAUAAUUGUUGAAAGGAAGACAAAGAUGAAAACAACACAGAAACAACAUUUUCUUAAUGUGAAUUGCAUUUGUUGCUUACUUCAGCUGUUUUGAGCCUAUCUAUCUAUCUAGCCCCUUAUGCCAACCCAGCACCCCAAGUUGUCUACCUGCUUGAGUCAUAAGGUGCGUGCUCCUGGUCAUGAUGCUGUUGUGGUCGUUUCGUUGAUGCCAUUCCACCUUACUCUCGUCGUGAUCUUACUCACAUCACACAGUCGUCGUCAUGCCAUCUGCCUCGACCCAUUGGCCAAAGUUCCCUUAUAGCUUGGGCCACUAGGUAUGGGCUCGUGGUUGUGAUGCCAUUGUGGUUGUUGCAUUGUUGUCAUUCCAGCUUUGUCAUGACACCCGUCAUGCACUCAUGUUCACAUCGCCACAGCGCUGCCGCCGUGAUUGUUCAGACAUCAUCAUUACAACUUUGGGAUCUGACGCUCAUCAUGCCUUCUACACCGAACUAAUGGUUCAAAUUAUCUAAUAGCUUGGGCCACUAGGUGUGUAUUCGGAGUCUGAUGCCGUGGUGGUUGUUGCGCUGUCAUCAUUCCAGCUUUCUCAUCUGACUCUCAUGUCAUCAUGCCAUCAUCGUCACACGGUUGUAGUCACUCAGUUGUUUUAUAACUGUCAUCGCUUAAGGCCCAAAUGAAGUGUUACUGACAUCCCAUUGUCGUCAUACCGCAUUCGUUGUUCCAAUGAUGUCAAUAUUUCCUCAACAUGUUAAUUUAUCAUACUGAUGUCAUUCAAUUGUGUUACGUCGCCUUGGUCUUGCUGUCACCGUCAGACAGUCACUGCCAUUGCCAGACUGUCGUUGUAAUACCUUUGUGGUAGUGCCACCAUCAUAACUCCAGCUUUGUUGUCCAAUUCUCACCAUGUCGGUGCCAUCACGUCAUCGUCGUCUUGCAGCUUUCGUGAUACAUUCAUUGUCGCACCAUUGUCAACAUAUACUCGUCGUUAUGCCAUUGUCCUCAUGCUGUUGUCAUGUAAUCGUUGUCACUGCAUUGUCGUCUUAAUGUUGGGAUGCCGUUGCGGUCGUUCAUUGUCAUCAUUGUAACUUCAGCAUCCGAUCCUUGUCAUGUUGUUGUUUCACCAUCGUUAUCACUUCACUGUUGUCAUUUCAUUGUCAUCAUGCCACCUUUGUCAAUCGAUCGACAUCAUUCUUUGUUCAUCAUCCUAUUGUAAUCAUACUGUCACCAGUCAGUCGUGAUUAUGCCUCCACUUUUUUGCUGUUGUCGUCAUUCUGUCAUGGUCACACAAAUGCUAUUAUGCAUCUGUUGUCAUACCGGCGCCAUCACGCUGUCUUGGUCGUCCCAUCAUCGUCAUCUCAUUGUCUUCAUGUCGCCGCUAUACCAUCAUCAUAAUUUAUCGGCAUCUCAUUGUCCUUAUGCUGUCAUCGUUAUGCGAUUUUGUCAUUCCAUUGAUAUUGUUACGCGAAGGACGAGUCAGUAAGGUGAGCAACUAUUUACAGGUUAUAGUUUCAACAGCGGUUGCAGCGCUGACUGGUUAGAGCGCUGACUGGUUAGAUUCACAGCGCGAGCCCUCCUCUUUUCUCGAGUGAUGGCGCCCACGCGCCUUGUUCAAACAAUCAAAUACCACACGCAUGUAGCAUAAUCCCCCGGCAACAGAAGCGACGUCCCGGAGCGUCUAAAUGUCAUCACUGGGAGGGUGAUACUGCUUCAGUCGUGUAAUGUGCACGAUAUCACUAGAGUGGGAAGCAGAUGGGGCAUCAGGGGUGAUCUCUUAGGUGACGGGAGUCACGGCACAAAGCACUCGCUAUGGGCCUGUGUAACGAGCAGCAGUUUUUCUGACAGGCCGGUUUGAUGCGAAGGAGACCAUAGAAGCACCAAAGAACCAGGCAAGAAGUGCACAUCUCGGUGUCACCGGUCGUACAAAUGCCUUUGACUCUUUUGGGAUUUCAGAAGGUGGUCACGGGCUAUUGCCCUUGCAUGGGCACAACGGGCAAUGGCAUCAAGUGUAUAUUCACCGGUCGGUGCCGCACGAACAGGGAGGGUUGUGUAGAAAGGCAGUGCUGGUUCUUGGCCGAACAGAAGGAAAAAUGGGGAAUAACUGGCUGUGUCAUGGUGCAAGGAAAUAUAAGCAAAUGUGACAAACGGUAGAGCGAGGUCCCAGUCAGUGUGGUCUAAAGAGACAUAUUUCACGAGCAUGUCUGUGAGAGUGCGAUUGAGAUGCUCCGUGAGGCCAUUUGUUUGCGGAUGGUAUGACGUGGAUAGCUUGUGCCUCGCAGCACAGGACUGCAGGAUGUCCGCAAUAACUUUUGAUAGGAAUGUCCGGCCACGGUCUGUGAGAAGUUGUCGCGGAGCUCCAUGUAAUAGAAUGAUGUCACGUAGAAGAAAAUCGGCGACAUCUGUGGCGCAGCUUGUAGGAAGCGCUCGGGUGAUGGCGUAGCGCGUGGCGUAAUCCGUGGCCACAGCGAUCCACCUGUUCCCAGAGGUAGAAAGAGGAAAAGGGCCAAGUAAGUCCAAACCAACCCGAAAGAAUGGUUCCACGGGAAUGCCGAGUGGUUGAAGGUACCCAGCAAGGAGCGUCAAUAAUGUCUUGCGUCCCUGGCAUUUCUCACACGCAGCUACGUAUCUUCAAUUGGAGUGAGCAAGCCCUGGCCAAAAGAAGCGUCGGCGGAUCUGGUCGUAGGUACAUGACACACCAAGGUGACCAGCAGUGGGGAGGUCGUGAAGUAAGUGGAGAACAGCCGAGCAAAGGUGUUUAGGGAUCACAAGGAGUAAUGCAGGGCCGUCGGGGUGAACGUUUUGGCGGUAGAGUACGCCAUCUUGAAGUGUGAAUAAGCGAAGGGAACUGUCGGCAAGUGAUGUGACAAGGGACGUCUGAACAGGUGGUCGAUUGUCAGAGUCAAAUAUGUCGCGGUAGGAAAGCAAAAGGCGAUAUAGGGCGGCUGCUUGGUCAGGUGCGAGGUCCAGAGCGACCAUGGGACGUAAUGGGCCGUUGAAGUUCAAGGCAUCCGGCGGGUAAUCAGGAGGAUCUGGAGACGCGUCAGCUGCAAACGCAGUGACGUGGCCGUCUGUCACUGACUGGAGCAUGGCCACCGGUAUGCCUUCAGGUAACACUUGCUUUGUCAAGGCAAAAUUGAUAAUGGGGAGACACAUCUGAUUAGCGGCAAGGGUUACGGCGGAGUGUGGCACAGAGAUGUCGUGUGCCAGGAGGACAUCACAAAUAGGUGCGACAAUGGAGUCGCCAUCAGGCACGGUUGCUGUUGAGGCCAAUUCGACGAAGGUUAGGGCUUUUGGAGGUGAGUGAACAAACGCUGUAGUGCAGAGGGUGUUUGGUUGUUCGGGGUGAAUGUCUCAAAGAAGAGGAAGCUCGAGGCACAGCAUAUCGGUGGAACAGUUGAUGAGGGCAGAAUGCGUCAUCAGAAAGUCGAGCCCCAAGAUUAGGUCAUGAGGGCAACUGGUCAGCAUGGCGGUGAAUAGGACUGCAACUUAGCGGCCAGCAAUUCCUAUGCAAGCAGUGCACAUACCCCCUGACGGCGACAAUGGCACCAUUGGCGAUGCGUACGGCUCCAGUGAUGGCAGGCGUAAGAACUUUUUUGAGGCGACGACAUAGGUUAGCGCUCAUUAUGGACACUUGGGCUCCAGGAUCAAUUAAUGCCGUCAACGGAACACCAUCUACGUCUACUUCAAUUAUGUUCGUGUUGGUGAGGAGCGGCAAUGGAGGAUUUGGACAGGACGAACGUGAUGCUGCACUACCUCCAAGAGCUGCAUGGCCUAGUUUACCGUCCAUCGGUUUGGCAAGGUUGGGGUGACGGGGGAGCGACGGCACUUGCAUGGAGUAGCGGCUGUCAGGGGCAUCAGAAGUAGGGUACAGACGGUGAGGUGAAUAAGGGCGAUGCGUCGGUGUAUGGGUGAGGAGCAGGGAAUGAGCUCCAGUACGGCGGCAUCCAGGUGGUGCGCUAGUGGCGGGACACAUGACCAACGCGGUGGUAGCGGAAGCAGAUCGGUUAGUUGUCUGGGGUUCACCAUUCAGCAGGAUUGUGUGGUCUGGGAGCGAAAUACUGGUCAUUACAGGUUGUGGACAUGGGAAUGGGUGCCGAAUCAGGGUGGGAGACAGAGCAGGCAGUAGGGAUGCCAAGGUUUGCAAUUUCUUGCCGCGCAACUGCUUGAAUAAUGGAAAUAGUGCGAAAAAAUGGGGCUUGGCCGCUUGGUCAAAGGUACCGUCAGGCCACGGCCGCCUCGACCACGCGUGCACGGCGGGGCUUGCUCAAGCCCCGCUGUGCGCGCGUGAUCGAGGCGGCCGUGGUCAGGUGGUCAUGGAUGAAGGGGGGCCGGACUUGCCACUUCAAUCUCACGGUGAACGAUAUGUGUGACAUUCUCUUGAAAUGGUCGUGUGGCGGUAAGAGUGGAGCGAGAUGACAUGGCAGAGGUGUUUGGGAGCCAGGAAAACUGUGGGACGACGGGGCGGCUUUUGGCUACCUCGAAGCGGCGGCUUUCUUUGACGAUGGCAUCGACGGUAGAAACGUCGUUGUAGAUGAGUAAAGUGAAGGCGUCGUCCGCAAUGCCUUUUAGGAUAUGGCCCACCUUGUCAACCUUGGUCAUGUGCUCGUCGACUACCACACGCGUGCAGCAAUAUAAUUCUUUCUUUGUCAUUCCAUAGUCACUGCAUCAGUGUCAUGACCGCAUGGUCAUGGGUGACCUUGGCAAGGAGUGCCAUUGCAAAGUGCAGCGAUAUCCUAGUUUAUGGCAUAUAGCCGAAGCAAUGAAUGUCUUAGAAUUACCACUACACGUUAAAUGAACGUGGCUUCAAGAAUAUGGGCUGUCACUGCAUUGCUUGAUUGCUAUUCGCAUUACCGUUGACAGUCAUCGUGAGAGGAGCUCUGCUGUAAUUUUUUAAAACUUUAGUCAUUAUAGACUUCCCCAAUUAACUAUUCUCCUAAUUUUAAAACCCCGGCAGUUAAAGGAAAUACCUUUGCCUGACUAGUUCAUCUGGUUUACUUGCCAAAGCAACACAGCUGAUAUGAGACAUGCCACAGUGGAGGGAUCCGGAUUAAUUUUGACCAACCAGUGUUUUUAACCUGCAUCACAGCAUGGUACACAAAUGUUUUUGCACUCUGCACCAAUUGGAAUGUGGCUGCCGUGCCUGGUAAUCGAACUAGCAACCUUAUGCUGAGUCAGAGAACACCAUAGCCACUGCAUUUGAAGAAAAUGCAAUAGUUUUAUGUUCACUGGGUUCUGGUAUGUUUAAUGGGUUCUUUAAUGGUAUGUUAAAGGGGUAUUAAAAUAUGCUUAAAAAUAGCCUUUUGUGAUUUGGACAGUCAACAGGGUGGUUGAGCAGAACAUUAUAAAUGAUUACUGCGGUGCAAAAAAACAGGAAAAGCAAACUCCUCUGCAUUUAUUAUACUCUGGAGUUCUGGGCUGCUAGCUAUAUUUAAUAUGUAAGAAACAACUUUGUGUUCGUCAUAUAAUGUGCUGAGUCAUUUAUCACUUGAUGAGGUGCUUGUAUACCCCACGCAUAUAUUUUGUUGCACUAAUAGGCUAAUAGGGAUGGUCAGCUCGUGUCAGCCUUUGUUUGUGGCUGGCUACACAUUAUGUGGUGUCUCUUUGUUGGUGUUUGCUGUUAAAAUGUGUUUUCUCAUGUAGUAGGGAUUUACAUAGUUAUUGAAUAUAGUUACAUUCUGAGAUGUUGUCAAGUGUAGUCUGCAAACACUUCUUGAUGGCCUGCUUACACCUGUGUUUCCUAUUGCUGGUGCUUCUUGCCAAUUGUGUUUAUAAUCUGUUGAAAAAUACUAAUAUAAUGAAGGUGCUGUUGUCAUGAGGCAAGUUUUUGUGGAGUUAUGAAAAUAUUGUGCUGUCUGUUUGGAUGUUACAUUUUGUUUAUGCGAGAACCCUAGAUAAAUAAUUUAAAAAUAACUAUGACUUAUGCCACCCAAGCACCACAGUACCUUCGCAUGGGGACAUAUUCUGCAACAAUCACUUUUGGCGAUAGUAUCACCGUCAAGCAUGUGCUGAUUGGCUGGUUGAGCAAAAUUGGAUGAGCUGAACGCAAUAGAUAGUACCACCAAAGUGAUCAUCGCAGAAUAUGUCUCAUGGUUAUUGACAAAUGCAUUAACGACUUCAUAUACCCUAAGUUUUCCAAGACCCAAGAAGAAUGCUAUAAGAUGACCUAUGAACUAGCAUUUAUUAUGCUACCCAAGCAUUGUAGCACCUUUGUGUGGUCAUUGACAAGUGGUUCAUUAAUUAUUACUUUACAUGCCCAAAUUUUUUUCAGAAGCACCGCAAUGUAUAUUAAGCACCACAAUGUAUAGGUUAACUAAAUUAGCUGUAAACUUGCAUUCAAAUGUUCAAGGGAAAAUAUGCGUAAUAGCUGGAUAACUAAUUUCUUGAUCUACAUGUCAAGUUGUAUAGAUUGAUCGAAGAACGAAAAGACACUAUUCCAAUGAAAUUAUUUCCCUAUGAUGUACAGUUGGCUCUUCCUGUAGAGACUCCCUGAAACAAAUUUAGCCUUAUUUAAGGAAGUCUUUCAGACACAGCGAGUAUCUCUUAUGGAAUGUUUUUUCACAAAGGGUUUAUGACAUCGUGCUAUGUUAAAAUAGCGUAAGAUCGCCCUCCUCUCAAGUCACGGCAUCCCUUCUCAACUCAUAUUCUGCACAGCUUUUGCUAUGUUCCAAUUCCUUUUGUAGUGUUGUCCAGCGAUAUGAGCUUUGUCUACUUCUGAUUAUUUGGUCCAAGUAUGUUCCCUUGUCUAUUGGCAACACUUUUUUUUCUUGUUAGUGUGGUGAUGGUGGCUUGAAAACCAUGGUUAUGUACAGUGCUCAUGUCCAGCAUGAAUUUACUGCAGUACUUACUCCCUGCACCCAUCUAUAGUGAAAGAAGAUAAGCAUGAGGACAUUGUUCUGUUUAGGGAAGCACAGUGUGAAAGCCCAGCACAUUGAAUAGAGUAUGGUGUAAAACAUUUAUUACUUUGUGUCACCUGUGGCUCUAAUGUAACACUCUCUGCUCUCCUGCAAUGGGCACAGGUUGAAAUCUUAUCGGAAACUGGUGAUCUUUUAGUGGAACUGACAACCAAUGUUUAAGGUACUUGCUUUUAUCAGUGCAUUGGCAAAGCACUGAAGCCAGACAGUGGUGCUGUCCAGUGUAUGCAGUGUUGCAGCAGUGACCCUGAGAACACUGUGGAAUGUAUUUUAUAAGAAUUUUUCAGUCUGUAAACACAGUCGUGUUUGUGCAGCCCUUUGCUAGAAACAGUGAUAAGUGAGCACAGUAGCGAUUGUACCCUGGCAUGUGAGAGAACCUGAAAACAAGUGUAACUGCAAGUGUAAGAAAUUGAUCUCAUAUUAAUCUCACAAAACCAUUGUCUUGUGGCUCAUGCUGUCAGAAUUAUUUCUGCAAUAACAGCUUUAUCCGAUUCAUUUUCAAACUUUUCUUGUUCCGAGUCACCAAGACACGCCAAGGUCUGCUAUUAUUACUCGCCUGGCAGCGCAGAAUCCACUGCAUAGAGCCUUUACAGCAUGAGUUGAAGCCAUGUUGUGUCUUGCAAACUUGCACACAUACAAAAGCACCUUAUAAGCACCACCAUGCUAUGAAGAACACCGCUGGCCACGAGUGUUCCACUUGUUGCCGUGACAGCAGCACCGCUUGGAGGUGUUAACCUUUCUUCCAUUGUAACACAUGUUGAGAAAAGUGCAACUGCUUAAAAAAUGUAACAGAUACAUUUCUACAUAAAAAUUGCGGCACACCCAAGUUAUGCACUUCAAUUUCUGGCCACAUAAAGGGCUGUCCAAUGCCAGUAUUAAAUUCUGACAUUGGACUGCUGCAACAUGCAGUUUUACACAACUUCCUCUAUCAAUUAGGAAUUGUAAUUCCUCUUUCAACCACCAACAUCCUAUAUGAUUCCAUGAAUACGCAGCACAUAUUUUUCGUUGCCUAGAUAAUAUCGUGACACAUUUUGGUUGGUAGGGAGACCCACCAAAAUCCACCACUUGUGGGUUUGGUUAUGGACAAACAAUGCCAACAUCAAUAUUUACAAGCACUGUGAAGAGCCCAUAACAGAUAGCGCUGUAAAGAAAAAGCCACCUAGGUACUUGUGCAAUAUUAUUCUAAGAUUUUGGCUCAUGUAAAUCUUAUGCAUUCAGGUGGUUCUCACAUGAAACCUGCCAUGUGUAUUCAGGAGGUUCGAUAGGGCAUUUUCCAAGUAGCCCUUUCGAUUCUUUUUUUGCAUUAUGUUUUGCAAGUCGCUCGUGCAGUCCAUUUUUCCAAUAACACUAAUACGUGGAAUUUGGUGAAACAAAACUGGGAAUUCUGCACAUUUUACCAGCAAAAACUACGCUUGGGAUCUCAAAGGUUUCAUUAUUGUUGUGAAAACUGUUUCAGGUUGUGACGACUUACAACUGCCAUUCUUCCCCUUGCUGUUGAUUAGAUUUAGAGGAUUUAUUUACAGGAAAGGCAGAGAGACUGGCCCGAGUUUGUGCACUGUA